ACCCUUCCCUUCCUCUUCUUGGCCGGGCUGCUGUGUCUUCCUUCCGGCUUGCCGAAGAAAGUUGCGGAGGGUUCAGCGGCAUCUGGGCUUUUACACAAUGGACAGCCAGGGAAGGAAAGUGGUGGUCUGUGACAAUGGAACCGGGUUUGUCAAGUGCGGCUAUGCAGGCUCCAACUUCCCAGAGCACAUCUUCCCUGCGCUUGUUGGGAGGCCCAUCAUCCGCUCCACAGCCAAAGUGGGAAACAUCGAGAUCAAGAAUUCCCAGAAGAUGGACCUGAUGGUAGGCGACGAGGCCAGCGAGCUGCGCUCCAUGCUGGAGGUCAACUACCCCAUGGAGAACGGCAUCGUCAGGAACUGGGACGACAUGAAGCACCUGUGGGACUACACCUUCGGCCCGGAGAAGCUCAACAUCGACUCCCGCAACUGCAAGAUCCUGCUGACCGAGCCCCCCAUGAACCCCACCAAGAACCGGGAGAAGAUCAUCGAGGUGAUGUUUGAGACCUACCAGUUUGCAGGAGUCUAUAUCGCCAUUCAGGCUGUCCUGACGCUGUACGCCCAGGGCCUCCUGACCGGUGUGGUGGUGGAUUCGGGCGAUGGCGUGACGCACAUCUGUCCGGUGUACGAGGGCUUCAGCCUGCCCCACCUGACCCGACGUCUGGACAUCGCAGGCAGGGACAUCACCCGCUACCUCAUUAAGCUGCUGCUGUUGAGGGGCUACGCCUUCAACCACUCUGCAGACUUUGAGACGGUUCGCAUGAUGAAGGAGAAGCUGUGCUACGUGGGCUACAACAUCGAGCAGGAGCAGAAGCUGGCGCUGGAGACCACCGUGUUGGUGGAGUCGUACACGCUGCCAGAUGGCCGUGUGAUCAAGGUGGGAGGAGAGCGCUUCGAGGCCCCCGAGGCUCUGUUCCAGCCCCACCUCAUCAACGUGGAGGGCGUCGGCGUGGCCGAGCUCCUCUUCAACACCAUCCAGGCCGCUGACAUAGACACCAGGGCCGAGUUCUACAAACACAUCGUGUUGUCAGGAGGAUCCACCAUGUACCCAGGCCUGCCAUCCCGACUGGAGAGGGAACUGAAACAGCUGUACCUGGAGCGCGUGCUCAAGGGAGACGUGGACAAACUUUCGAAAUUUAAGAUCCGGAUUGAGGAUCCUCCCAGGCGAAAGCACAUGGUGUUCCUGGGUGGAGCGGUGCUGGCCGACAUCAUGAAGGACAAGGACAACUUCUGGUUGACCCGAGAGGAGUACCAGGAGAAAGGAGUCCGCGUGCUGGAAAAACUCGGAGUCACCGUCAGAUAAAGCCCCAGGACGGACAGAACAGCCACACACCUGAAAACACAGAUUCACAAACACACAUUUCUUCCAUUCGCCCAUCUCGCAGAGUUUAUCUUAUUUAUCCCUCUUUUUUUUUUUUACCUAUCAGCUGCUCUUGAUUUUCCUCAAACAUCCAAAAGAAUCAAGAGUUUACCUCUUCCUGCUCUUCUCCUCUCCUUCUACCUCUUUUCUUUUCUUCUCUCCUGUUUGAGGAUUGGCUAAAACGUGUCCGGGAAGAGUCAUUUCCUGCUUGGCCGACACAAUUGAAUCGGAGGCGGGUUUUUUUUUUUUGUUUUUCGCUGGCGGAGACGUCCCCCUGCAGGUAGAUCUGUCGGCCCACCAGCUUCAGGCCUUUUAGGAGGGUUAAAACGAUGCAAACUUUCAAACUCAUACUGUCGCAUUCACAGCCCAUCACAAACAGCCACGGCCGCUUUCAGCAUCUGAUAUAGGCGAGCGCGAACUGAUCACUUUUUUUGGUUUGUUUUCUUUCUUUUUUUUAUAUAUAUAAA